GUAGCGUCUUUUCCUUCUAAUGGGUCUGAAGGCAUGAAAAGGACCCAGGACACCCCUCUCCAGCCCAGGAGCCUGAGCAGGCUGCAUUUUAUGAAGGUCCCCACCAUGGUCUGGAGGUUACUUCUUCUUGAGCUCCUUGCUUAUGGAUCAGGAGUUGAUUCUCAGACUGUGGUAACCCAGGAGCCAUCACUCUCAGUGUCUCCAGGAGGGACAGUCACACUCACUUGUGGCCUCAGCUCUGGGUCAGUCUCUACAGGUAACAAACCUGGCUGGUACCAGCACACCCCAGGCCAGGCUCCUUGCAGGAUUAUCUAUGACACAAGCAGCCACCCUUCUGGGGUCCCUGAUCGCUUCUCUGGAUCCAUCUCUGAGAACAAAACUGCCCUCACCAUCACAGAAGCCCAACCUGAGGAUGAGGCUGACUACAUCAUAUAUGAGUGGACCAAAUUCUCAGAUUGUGGUGGCCAGGAGGCAUUGUUGUCAGUGUCUCCAGGAGGGAGAGUCACACUCACUUGUGGCCUCAGCUCUGGGUCAGUCACUACAAGUAACUACCCCAACUGGUUCCAGCAGACCCCAGGGCGGGCUCCUGGCACGAUUAUCUACAGCACAAAAGACUGCCCCUCUGGGGUCCCUGACUGCUUCUCUAGAUCCAUCUCUGGGAACAAAGCCGCCCUCACCAUCACAGGAGCCCAGUCUGAGGACGAGGCUAUUACUGUUUUACACGACAUGGUAGUGGGAGCUGCUACACUUACCCACAGCAUCUCAGAUAAGGAGGAAGUGACACAAAAACCCCUGGGUCUUUUAUCUGGUCCUCAUCAUUGA